CCCAACCUCCCUUAAAACAUUUUUUUAAGCACCCUGUAUAUUGUGGCCAGUUUGUGAGUUGUGCGGUCUAUGGUCGCCCCGCUGCACAUCCAGGAAACGAUGCCCGUGGAGGAGCAGCAGCAGCCGGGGCCGCACGAGCAGCAGGCGGGACAGCAGGAGGUGAACGUGUCGUUUGCCGGCUCGGGCUUCAUGGGCGUGUACCACCUGGGGGUGGCGAGCGCGCUGCUGGAACGUGGAGCGGCGCUCACGGCGCUCGUGCGCGCCUACGCCGGGGCCAGCGCCGGGGCCAUGACGGCUGCCAUGCUCGCCACGGCGCCACACCGUAUCCCGGAGGCGACUCAGUUCGUCUACAGCUUUGGUCGCCAAGUCCGAGAGCUCGCGCUCGGGGUCGUGACCCCGGGAUUCGACUUCAUGAAGACCCUGAGUUAA